GGAUCUGUCUCAACUAAGCCUGGUGGCAGUGAGGACCGUCAGCCCCCUCCCAGCCAGCUGUCAGCUAUGCCUCCAUUCUGUCUGGUUCUCAGGGCUGGAAUCGCUGGGCAGGUCUAGCUAAUCUUUGGCCCUCCUGGGAAAAGAUUCCUAAAUUCUGAAGGCAUUUAGCUAGGAAAGAUCCAGAAUGGACCAAGCUAUUCCUGUUUUACCCCAAACCGGGUUGGUCUGCUUUGGGGAUUACUUCUCAAGUUAGGAACCUCUGAGUGUUCUGAAACGGCCCGGACUCUUACAGAAGCUCUUGUGGUCCUAGAAUGAAUUUAGAGGUCUCCAUACCGAGCCUGGAAGGUGAGGAACGACCCCUAACGACCUACAACGACCCACCCUCCCAACCUAAGGCCGGUUCUACUCCGCCUGUCCACUCUGGGGAGUUGUGCUUUGACUUGGAAGCCCUCGGAUUGAAGGAUGGGCCCAAGACCCUCACAGGUGAAGCCUCGGUAGGUCCCAGGGAGAAGAAGGACAUUCUUCCACCCCGCGAUCCCCCAAAAGUCCGACCCACCCUCCUCCCCGCCAGAUGUAUCAGAUCCCUCCAGGGCCUCAUUGUCAGUCCUGUAAUCUUUUCAUCCGUGAUAGGAUGGGCCGUGGACCCUUGUGGGUGAAGCUCGGCGGUUUCCCAGUCCAUGUGGGUUGGCCCCUGCGGAGCCUGGAGCCUUCUUGCCUGCGGGCUUGCUGAUCCCGCCGAGCCAGCUAGCUCCCUUCCUGCUUCUGACGGCGAGGGAACCAGCUGGGAGGUCCUCCGAGCUGGGCGGGGAGGCGGGUGGCCUCUCGCACUCCUCACCAGC